GUGACGUCAUGCGCCUGCGCCGGCGCAUGCGCGGCGGGGCCCGGGACCGGAGCGGGCCGCGCGGAGCCUGGGGGCGGUGGGCGCCGCCGCCGCCGCCGCCGCCAUGUUCCGGUAUCAGUCCCUGGAGGACUGCCCGCUGGAUGAGGAUGAAGAUGCCUUCCAAGCCCUCGGGGAGGAGGAUGAAGAUAUCGACCAGUUCAACGAUGAUACGUUCGGAGCCGGGGCUGUCGACGAUGACUGGCAGGAAGCACACGAGCGGCUGGCGGAGCUGGAGGACAAACCGCUGGCAACUAGGGAGCAGGAUGGGCCCGGCGGCGAGGAGGCAGAUCUGUUGGGUGAGCCCGAGGACACGCUGGCGGAGCGGUUGACCCGGCUGGUCAUCGACAGCGAGCUGGAGGACCCCGCCAUCAUGCAAGCUGUGCAAACCAAGGCACCCGCGCAGCAGCCUGGAGGGCUGAACUCCAGCAUCUGGGACAGCUCAGCCGUCCUGCGGCGUAUCCGGGGGCCGCUUCUCACACAGGAGAUGCCAUCGGUGUCCGUACUGGACUACGCUCUGCCUCAGAGACCCCCACAGGCUCGAGAGGAAGAGCGGGACCCCUCUGAGCGGGCACUGCCCCGGCGAUCAUCGUCCCCUGUCAUUGGGAGCCCCCCUGUGCGGGCUGUCCCCAUCGGCACCCCACCCAAGCAGGUUGCCAUACCCAACUUCAACCAGCAGAUCCUGUGUCCAAAGCCUGUCCACAUCCGAGCUACCAUGCAGCAGCGCUACCCCGCUCCCUACGGCGAGAGGAUGUCCCCCAACCAGCUCUGCAACGUACCGAAUUCCUCCCUCCUGGGCCACCCGUUCCCCCACAGUGUCUCUCCCGUCCUCACCCACCUGCAGAGAGCGCAGCUGCUUGGAGGAGCCCAGGCCGGCCGAAUGUCCCCCAGCCAGUUUGCCCGUGUCUCUGGCCUGGUUGGGAGCCCCCUCCCCUCCGUCAAUCCCAAGCUGCUCCAGGGCAGAGUCGGGCAGAUGAUGCCUCCGGCCAGUGGGUUUCGUGCCUUCUUCGGGGCUCCCCCUGCUCCACCUCCCUCGCAGCCGCAGCACCCGCCAGGCCCCGGAUCCCACCUGCAGAGCCUGAGGCCGCAGCCCCAGAUGUUCCGGCCAGACACGACCCACCUGCACCCCCAGCACCGCCGGCUCCUGCACCAGCGGCAGCAGCAGAACCGAAACCAGCACCGGAGCCUCAACGGCUCGGUGGGGGACCGAGGGGGCCACCGGAGCAGCCACCAGGAGCAGAUGCGCAAAGAUCCCUAUGCCAACCUCAUGCUGCAGCGGGAAAAGGACUGGGUGUCCAAGAUCCAGAUGAUGCAGCUGCAAAGCACUGACCCCUACCUGGAUGACUAUUACUACCAGAAUUACUUCCAGAAGCUGGAGAAGUUGUCAGCAGCAGAGGAAGUCCACGGUGAUGGUCCCAAGAAGGAACGCACUAAACUCAUCACACCUCAGGUGGCUAAGCUGGAGCACACCUACAAGCCAGUGCAGUUUGAGGGCUCGCUCGGGAAGCUUACGGUCUCCAGCGUGAACAACCCUCGGAAGAUGAUUGAUGCGGUGGUGACCUCCCGCAGCGAGGAUGACGAGACGAAGGAGAAGCAGGUUCGAGACAAGAGGCGCCAGACCCUUGUCACGAUCGAGAAGACGUACAGUCUCCUCCUGGACGUGGAGGACUAUGAGAGACGCUACCUCCUGAGCCUGGAAGGCGAGCGGCCGGCCCUGAUGGGCGAGAGGAAGCAGAAGAUCUGCGAUAUGUAUGACAAUCUGAGGGGGAAGGCACCCGGGCAGGAGAGGCCAAGCGAUGACCACUUCAUGCAGAUCAUGUGCAUCCGGAAAGGGAAGCGCCUGGUGGCCCGGAUCCUCCCCUUCUUGUCACCCGAGCAAGCAGCCGAUGUCCUCAUGGCGACGGCCAGGAACCUGCCCUUCCUCAUCAAGAAGGAUGCUCAGGAUGAGGUGCUGCCCUGCCUGUUGAGGCCCUUCUCCCAUGUUCUCUACCACCUUCCCCUGGGGACAGUCACCAGCCUUGUGCAGCAGCUAACGAACCUACCUCAGAGCGCGACCGCGCCAGCGCCCACCAACCUGCACCUCACUGCCGUGCUCCAAAACAAGUUUGGUCUGUCCCUGCUGUACUUGGUCUUGAGCCGCGGGGAGGAAUUGCAGAGCUCAGACUCGAACACGGAGCUAAUACAGGACAACCAGUGGACGGAGCUGAUGCUCAUGGCCACCCGGGAGCUCCUGCGGAUCCCUCAGGUGGCCUUGGCCAAGCCCGUGUCCACCCCCUCGAACCUGAUCUCCCUCUUCUCUCGCUAUGUCGACCAGCAGAAGCUGAACCUGCUGGAGACGAAAUUGCACUUAGUGCACGGGAUCCGGUAGGAGAUCUCCACGGCUCCUCUCCACCACCGUCGGUGCCGGAGUUGUUCCAGAGGAUGGAUGGAUGGAGGGCAAAAGUGGUCCCCGUGUCCCGCAUCCCCCGGUGCAGGAGGCAUGUGUCCCCUGCCUGUGAUCCUGGCUGGUGGUGUGUGUUGUGGGAGGGGGGUUUGGCUGCUCCCUGCCCACCCCCCCAAAAAGCGCCGCGUCUCCCUGCUGCGCCCUAACCCCCUCCGCUCCCCCUACAACGGCUGCUUCUCCCCACACACACUACUGAGGAAAACGGGUGCCCUGCCGGUCCCGGGAAGGAGCCGGGAGAAUCCCCCUGCUCUGUUUAGUGGGUGUCAGGGUGUCCCCUGCACCUUCCCCCUGUCCCCCUUCAAGCACUGAGGUCUGCUCCCCACCCUUCCCCGCACACACACACACACACACACACAAACACGCGUGUGCACACACGCACACCUCUUUUGCACACUUGCCUUUGUCUUCCCUGAAAAUCGGCUCCUUCCCCUCGCUCUUCCCUCGCCCGCUUUCCCUAGGGCCGGUCCCGGCAGCUCCGGGAGCUGGAGGGAGGCUCAGCCAUACCCCGGCACCUUCCUCUUCCUCCUCCUCUUCCUCCCCCUGAGCUGAGGGGGGGAUCGUGCUGUUCCGCUCCUGGGGAACGUGGCGGCGGCGGCAGCGUGGAGAGCGGUUAAUUUUACUGGGUUUGUUGGUUUUUUUUUUUUUUUUUGCUUUUAAAAAAGAAAACAAAGAGAUUUGCACAUGUAGGUAUUUUACAACCAGUAACUCCUCCCUGGCAUUAACCAGCUCCCUCCCUCGGCUGCUCCCCAACCCCACCGCGCACAUUUUGACUGAUCAAGUGGAAAGUCCAUUUAUUUUUAUUUUUUUUUCCCCCCUCCUUUGUGCUUUUUUUUUUUCCUCCCCAGUUUUUUGGUUCUGGUUAAUGAGAAUAAAGUUUCUAAAUUUACAUUUUUAUAGGGGUAUUGUAAAUAAAGAUGAAUUGUAUACUGCC